CCUAGUCCCUGUACCCAAAAUAGAAAGUCCUACAUGUUUGUGUAAAUGGGUCUCUCAUAGAUGAAGCUCUAUCUUACCUUGGGAAAGGUGAGUUGCCAGCUUUGGCCAAAACAAAAGCGUCUGACUGAAUUUCAGGAGGGUCAAUGCUGUGUAUAAGAAAACUAAACCCAUCUCUUUCAGCUGGUCUUGUACAGUCAACGUGUCAUUGUUCCAAAGUGUGGACAGAUCUGAUCUGCUUAAAAGAGUUGAGCUCAUUCAAGAUCUCUUUUAAAGCUGUCUGUUCCUCCUACUUCUUUCCACAAAAUUGAAAAACAGGCAUAUUAUCUCUUAAUCAGCUACUGGUUUAUCAUAAUCUGCAUCUUCAUGGCGGAAGAUCAAAUGGUUGAACUGCAAAGAACAGCUGUUGAUGACAGAGAGCUAAACUUAGAUGAAGACAUUCCUUCUACAAACCAACCUCAACCUCCAAAACUGAAACAUUACAAGUGGUGGAUUCGUGUAAUCAGUUACAUCCUUUUUCUUCUCGCUGGCCAAUCAACAGCUAUUCUACUGGGAAGAUUAUACUAUGACAAAGGUGGGAAUAGCAAAUGGAUGGCAACAUUUGUUCAAUCAGCUGGCUUCCCAAUUCUACUCCCCCUCCUGUUUUUCUUCUCACCAUCCACCAAAUCAACCCCCAUUAGUUCCUCCAUCACAAGCCAACCAAAGACUUCCACCCUUGUUUUUCUCUACUUUUGCUUUGGCUUACUCUUGACAGGUGAUAACUUGAUGUACUCGUAUGGCCUUUUAUACCUUCCAGUAUCCACAUAUUCUCUACUUUGCGCAACUCAGUUGGCCUUCAAUGCCGUCUUCUCCUUCUUCUUUAAUUCCCAAAAUUUCACUCCUCUUAUACUCAACUCAAUAAUCCUCCUUAGCAUCUCAGCUGCCCUCCUAGCAGUCAAUGCAGACUCCGAGAACGCCUCAACAGUCUCUAAAGGAAAGUACGCAGUUGGAUUCUUAUGCACUGUUGGGGCAUCUGCUACCUACUCUUUAUGCCUUUCCCUGAUUCAAUUGUCUUUUGAAAAGGUUAUCAAAAGAGAGACCUUCUCUGCUGUCUUGGAUAUGCAAAUAUACCCUUCUUUUGUUGCCACAUGUGGCUGCGUAGUUGGGUUAUUUGCAAGCGGGGAUUGGAAAACUUUGUCCAAGGAAAUGAAGGAAUACCAGGAAGGAAAGAUAUCCUAUCUGAUGACUUUGAUUUGGACAGCUGUGACAUGGCAGAUUUCAUCAAUAGGUUUGCUGGGAUUGAUUUUUGAAGUGUCUUCUCUGUUCUCCAAUGUCAUUAGUACAUUGAGUUUGCCUGUUAUCCCCAUUCUCGCUGUGGUAUUCUUCCAUGAUAAGAUGGAUGGAGUUAAGGCGAUGGCUAUGUUGUUGGCCUUCUGGGGUUUUCUUUCCUACAUCUAUCAGCACUAUUUGGACGACUCUAAAUCCAAGGUGAAGAAGAAAAAGGAGGCAAAUUGCAAUGAGGUUUCUUUUGGCUCUUACCGAUCAUGUCUAAAAAUUUCAACAUGCAAGAACUUGAGCAUUGAGCCUAAAAUUGAUUGAAUGACCAGAUUACUGUUUUAAAAACUUUAACAUUGUCUUGGAUAUGUAAAGUUACAUAUGAGAAUGUCUUGGAUAUGUAAAGUUACAUAUGAGAAUGCUACACUUUUCACUUCUCAAGAUUCUUUCACAAUGUAUUUUGUUUUAGUGACGGUCGCAUGGCGUUGCAAAAAGAAGAAACCAACAAAAUCCUAAAACAAAAACAAGAGUCUGCCUAUGUGGCGCAUUUACAUAUCCCGACCAAUAAAAAAGUUCAAAAUUUAAAAAAGAACGUGAAACACGUG